GCACAGUGUCACGACCGCGGCCAAAAAUGUGACCACCUCUUUAAAAAACUGUGACAUAUUUUUGGAAUGGUUAGAAGUAAAGGAUCAAAGUAUGUCAUAUGUUCUGGCAAAACUUAAAGAAUUUAUUGAGGAUCGAAUUGGAAGGAAAAUGACGGGCGAAGAACACAUAAAGGUUAAAAAUAUUUGCUACAAAUUGUCUUCUACGUGGAAAAAAUACUAUCGAAAGAGGGAUAAAGUAGAAAUGGUCUUAAAAGAUUGGUUUCUUAUGGAUACGUUUAAAUUUGAUUCGGAACCUGAUAAGUCUACAUCAAGAGGUCGACCACGCAUUAACUUUGAGGAAAGUUCAUGUAGAACAAAAAGGCGAAGUGUAGGUGAACUUGUUGCAUCUACUUCGGCGGACAUCAUAACAACAGCUGCAAAAAGAUUUUCGAAUGUAAAGGAAACGGACAUUAUUUCAGUGGAAAAAGCAUUGGCGCUCUACGUGGAUAUGGAUUUAUCAGUUAGACAGUAUAACAUGAUGAGAAAUGCUGUAAAUGCUAUACAUAAAAAUUGUUUCCCAUCGUAUUAUGCUAUAGCAGAAGCUAAGAAAAAAUUGAUUCCAGAAAAUAUAGAAGUGACGGAAACAUCAAUGAAUGUACCUCUACAAACACUUUUGGAUAAUACCGCGAAGAGCAUUCUAACUAAACUACAAAUUUGUCCGAAAAAUAAUAUAACUUUAGAAUGUAAAUGGGGAUUUGAUGGCAGCAGUGGUCAUAGCCUCUAUAAACAAAAAUUUCGAAACGAAGACGCAACAGAUGAAUUUAUGUUCGUUUCUUCAUUUGUGCCCUUGCGUAUUUUAGAUGAUACAAACGAAAAUGUCUUGUGGCAGAACGACAGGCACUCAUCUUCAAGGCUAUGUAGACCUAUUAAAAUACUUUUUACAAAGGAAAAUUCACAGACUAUAAAUGAAGUCAAAGAAAACAUAGAGAAAGAAAUAGCAGAUUUGGAUGCUUGUGUAUACAUUGAUAACAGUUAUGAAAUUAUGAUUUCUCAUCGCAUGAAACUAACAAUGAUUGACGGAGCUGUAUUAAAUGUAUUGUAUGGCAAUAAAAGUUGUGCAACCUGUGUUUUAUGUGGCGCCAAGCCUUCACAAAUGAAUGAUGAAUCUAUAUACCAAAGAGAAGUCAACGAAGAGUGUUAUAGGAACGGUAUAUCUAGUUUACACGCCUGGAUUAAGUUUUUUGAGUGCAUUGUUCAUAUUGCAUAUAAACUACCUGUCAAGACAUGGCGAAUUGAUAGUAGAAACACAAUAUUAGUGAAUGAAAAUAAAAUCAGGAUACGAAGAGCAUUAAAAACAAAUCUAGGUCUUCUUGUCGACAAAAUAAAACCGGGCUACGGGACAUCAAAUGAUGGAAAUACAGCUCGACGUUUUUUUUCAAACAUUGAAGUAGCGGCAGAUAUUACCGGGGUCGACAGAAGAUUAAUUUACAAUUUUUCCCUCAUUUUGCGGAUUUUGUCUUGUGGGAGAUUUAUAAAAAUAAAUUUAUUUCAUAAGCUUCUUCAAGAUACAUGGCAACUUUACAUCGACUUAUUCUCUUGGUAUUACAUGCCAGUCACGGUGCAUAAAACUUUAGUUAAUGGCAUUGGAUAUGUAAGGCGCAAUCCCACUCUCAAACACAUGGAUACCGGUAAACAAUACCUUUAA